AUGGCCCGCAUGCUCAUCGGGCUCGCGAUCGCCCUGAUCGCCAUCGAGGCACCAUCAGCAGCAGCCGAGGUGCCUCAGGGAUAUUUCUACGUUGCCCUCAACAGUAACAACAACCUGUGCGUCCCAAGUAACGAUCCCAAUCUUGUCUUGUCCCAUCCCCCUGCUACCCCUUAUCCCCACUUUUAUCUCAAAACCCUCAGGCUACUGCGUCACUGUGAUUUUGAAGCCUUUGUUUGCAACGACGACCACACUGACGACUUUCAUUGGCAUUUGGCGCCGGCCCUCAACGGCAAUGCUGAUGCCGUGUCGAUCGAAUCCUACAAUUAUCCCGGCUACUAUUUGGCCUUGUCGGAGCAACCCAACCGCCUUGGUGUCAUCACUCACCCGGAUCCGAGCGCCGCCUCCUUUGUGGUCAAAGCAGGGGGUGCCAACAAUCAGUACUCUUUCCUAACGGGUGACGGUACUCAGGUCGUGGGCAUCGAUCACCAGCUUCAGGGCGGCUGUGCCUCAAAAUAUGCGCUGCCCGAAUCGGAUGUGGUCCUACUCAACGCCAGCCAGGCAAGCAGCGACGCCACAACCUGGCUGCUCAAGCCCAUGCCACUACCGGCCCCCGGCAAUAUCACCGUUGAUUUUACCAACACCACAAAGCAAAUCAAUCCUCUCUUUCUGCACACACGCACACAUUCCCUCACUCGCUCGUCGAAACGGAUCGACAUCCUCGUGCCAUCUGGACUACGUCGAGCCUUCUUCUCACAACUGCUCUAUGGAGAAUCCUUCGAAACCAACCUGCCAGAGAAUUCGGCCUGGACGAGCACGUUUUUCGGUUUGACGCACUCCAACGUCAGCUUCGACGACUCGAGCAAUCCUUUCCAUGGCCGAAACUCCCUUCGCAUUGAUGUAGCCUCGGGCUCGGGCUUUGCUGGUGCCAGCAACCGCGCUCUUGGCAACGAAGGCCUGUACCUGGAAGCCGGUAAAACCUACGAGGGCUUUUUCUUUGCUCGCACCGACGGCAAGCCCAUUAACGUUUCCAUUCUGCUCCAAAACUAUCUGGAAAACAACGUUCUGGGAUACACCUCUGUCCUUGUGUCCGGUUCAACUUGGCAGCGCUACAACUACACGAUCGUGGCCCAGCUCGGGGCUGCAUGCCAUGAUGGAACCCACGCCGAAGGGGUCAAUUGUGGCAAGAUGGGACCCGAAUCACACGUUUGUGUGCAGUGUGAGGGUCAAUUCUCAAUCGGCCUGGAAAUGCCUGGAUCGGUGAACAUUGAUUAUGUUGUGCUUCAACCCGGUGCUUGGGGCCGUUAUGCUGAUCUGCCUGUCCAUCGAUGCAUCAACCUGCCUUCUCCCCUUGCCUCUCACUUGUUCUUCUUGCUCGACGCAAUAGCGGCCAAGUUGAGCUGCUUCAGUCGAUCGGCAUUUCGGCGAUCCGCCAAGGGUAGGCUGCGGGAGGAUUCAUCUUACUACUUUUGGAAGAACUGGCGAGGUCCGGCAUGGGAGCGCCCUUCAGUUGGUGCGACCUGGGGCGACGAGCUCAUCGGUGGUUGGGGGCCCUUUGAAAUGAUUGACAUGUGCAUGGCCGCCGGUAUUGAGCCGAUCAUGACCACUACUGCUCAAGCAUCUGAUCCCGGGUGCUGUGCAGCCGAUGACAUGGCCGAUCUCGUUGAGUAUUGCUGGGGCGAUAACACCACGACUUGGGGCAAGCAGCGCGAGGCUGACGGCCACCCCGAGCCGUACCGUGUCCACUUCUUCGAGCUUGGAAACGAGCAGUACAACUCGUUCUACCCAGAUCAGGUGGCAGCCAUGGAAGCACGGGCCAAAACGGUCGGCAAAGGCGGAGAACUCUACUACAUGUUUCCCUGGAACUCUUGGCUUAAUGACACGCAAGCGGCUCAGGUGGAGCAGCUGGGUUUGAAGGACCACGUUGUCAAUGACAUUCACAUUGGGGCGGGGGGUGCUGUCGAAACGGCACUCUCCGAGUUUGAGGCGCGACCUCAGUAUUCGUGGGGCGCGGUGAAUGCGGAAACGAAUGCUGGUACCCAUGACUUGCUUCGUGCUUUGGACGAGGCGGCAGACCUGAACGACUGGUUUAGCUGUGCCGAGCCUAAUUGCCAGCGCCUCAAAUUUCGAACGGCCAGCUUUUGUAACGAGCGCUCGGGUCAUUACGAUAACUUUGACCAAGGCAUUACCUUUUUUCUGCCAAACAUGACAUGGAUCCAGCCUCCUGGCUACGUACAUCAGAUUAUUAACCAGACCUUUAUGGGGUCGGCCGUCAACGUACAGGCACAGCUGCCGACUGAGGCAAGCGUAAGCGCGCAGGUGUCGGCCGAUGGCAAGGAGGGGGUGUUGCGCUUCACCAAUCGGGCCAGCGUUCCGAUUACCAUGAACAUUGACUUUGUCCAAGGCAAGCCGGCCGCCACGGUGAAGCAAACCAUUUUGCGUGCGGGCCUCAACGGGGAGACGGCCAAUGCACCCAGCAACCCAACGGCCGUUUCGCCUGAUACGACCCAGGUGUCGAUUGUUUGGGAUGAAGGCGUCACGUUGGCGCCUCUCUCGUACACGGUUCUGGUGGUGAGCCUCUCUUAA